AUGCUGUUAGAUGAGCUUGACGAAGUCCCAGAGACUGUGCUUAAUAGACGAGUCGUAGAUGAAUUGAUUGGGGAAACAUUGGCUCUGGAGCUACUGGAAGAGCUGAUGGGCCUUGAGGAUAGAUUUUUGGAUGAGUCUGUGGUCGACCUAGAUACAGGUCCGGCACCGAAGCUGGAAGUAGCAGAUGAGGUUAUCAAAAUGCUGGUUGUUCCUGAGCCAGUACUGGUGGUAGUAGAUGAGGUUGUCAAAGCACUGAUUGUUUCCGAGCCAGUACUGGAAGUGGACCCAAAAAUGGGGCCGCUGGAAAAGCUUGAGCUGCUGGACGAGCUUGUGGCCGGGCCACUAGGAACAAUAGUAGAGGUUGACGUUGAGCCAGAAGUCAGUGCGCUUGUAAAACUUGAGCUUGAGGGACUCGAUGUUGACAUUGGGUUAAGACCAGUGGAAGAGCUAGAGCUAAAGAUUGAAGUUGAAGUCGAUCUAGGAAGAGGUCCACCCAAGAGACUUGAUGUCCUGACCAUAGUGACGGACACGCCGCUGGCAAUCGAUGACCCCGAGCUGCCGCUAGAUAAGCUGCUAGUAACCCAGCUGGCGGUAGAAGCGGAGGAAGAGUUGCCGGGAGAAUUGCUGGUCGAUGACGACUGUGGAAGGCUUGAGCUAGAGGAGCCAAAAGAACUGCUCGUCCCACUCGUUCCAGAGGAGCUGUAUGUACUGGAGCUCGUCAUGUACGAGUUGCUCGUAGGGCCGCUGGUCGAGCCGAAGCUCGAACUCGGAAACACUCUCGAAGUUUCGGACCCAAUAGCGGAGUGA